AUGGUGAUGUUCAGUAGAGGAGAGGAGCUGUGGUUGGGUGGGGACCUAAAUGGACAUGUAGGAAGUGGCAACAUCGGUGCGGAAGAAGUAAUGGGAAGACACGGAUAUGGAGAAAGAAAUGAUCAGGGUGACAAGAUCCUUAGCAUAGUAGGAAUGUUUGGACUGGUGGUAGCUAACACUUACUUCUCUAAACCGGAAGCAGAGAAAGUUACCUACUCAAGUGGAGGUAGAAAGUCACAAAUUGAUUACAUCAUGACUAGGCGGAGGAGUCUGGAAACCCUCAGAGACUGUAAAGUUUUCCCAGGAGAGGCGGUCACAAACCAGCACAGACCUGUGGUAUGUAAAAUGAUCAUCCAAGCAGAUGGAACACCCCAGUACCACGGGAUGAAGAAAAUCAAGUGGUGGAGAUUGAAGGAAUUACCAUACAGAGAGGACUUUGUUACGAAGGUAAAAGAAAGAAUAAGUGGCAAGGAGACUACCUGGGAGAAACUGAGUGAGAACAUGAGAAGUGUGGCUACAGUAGUGCUCGGAAAAACAUCAGGAAAGGCACCAAAGGCGGGUAAAGACACAUGGUGGUGGAAUGAAGAAGUGCAACAGGCAAUAGCAGAAGAGAGAAACCGUAAAAGAAUGAGGGAUCAAUCACAGUCCGAUGAGGCAGCACAGCAAUACAAGGCAGCAUGUAGCAGGGCGAAAACGGAAGUGGCGAAAGUAAAAAGUAAGGCAUAUCAAGAUCUUUAUAAGAAGUUGGACAGUACAGAGGGGCAGUAA